AUACAUAAUUACAUACUAUAAUAUAUAAUAUAUAUCUGAGGAGAGAGUGGAGCUGAUUUCUAAUCUGCAAUCAAUCAAAUCAUUGAUUCUCCGAUCAGAAUCGAUGUUUCGCCUAGCCUCCCCCAAAUUUCUCCCGCCAAAAUCGCCUGGAUUUUGUAUGUGUUUUGCAUUUACAGUUAGAGCCAAUUAGCUUAGUAAUUUGCGGUGGAAAAACCCUAAUUGAGUUUCUUGGAUUGGUAUGUCAAGAUACUGAUAUGAAUAGGGAAGAGUUAGCAAACGCCAUGACAAUCCGAGCAAAACAGACAGAGCUAGGUUUUUUUGAAAGUAAUGGACAUAGAGAGGAUGAAGGUGAGUCCAAAGUUGAACCAUAUGUGGGUUUGGAGUUCGACUCGGCAGAGGAUGCACAAGAGUUCUAUAAUAUUUAUGCAGCGCAGUCAGGAUUUAAAAUAAGAAUUGGUCAGCUUUACCGAUCUAGAACUGACGGGUCAGUUGUUUCUCGAAGAUUUGUUUGUUCCAAGGAGGGGUUUCAGACAAAUGCUAGAACUGGUUGUCCAGCUUUCAUCAGGGUACAGAAAAAUGACUCUGGGAAAUGGAUUAUUGCAAAUGUCAAGAAAGAACAUAAUCAUGAGCUUGAACUUCCUGGUCAAAUUCGUCCAGCUCGUAUACAAAGGAAAACUUUUCCAGCUCAAAGAUCAGCAGCACCGAUGUCCUCCAGAACUGGAAUCAGAUCAUUUGAGGAAGAUGGUGGUGUAAUUGAUCUCAAACGUCUGAAAAGAGAGGAAGAAGAAGGAGAAACUAAAUUAGGAUUUGUUGGUGAACCACAAAAAGGUCUGGAAUUUAAUUGCGCCAAUGAAGCUUACAAAUUUUACAACGCAUAUGCUGCUAGUGUCGGAUUUAAAAUUCGGAUUGGUCAGUUAUUUAGGUCAAAGAAUGAUGGUUCAAUUACGUCUCGAAGAUUUGUAUGCUCAAGGGAAGGGCGUCAGCACCCUACAAGAGUAGGUUGUUCUGCAUUCAUGAGAAUACAAAGACAGGAAUCAGGACAAUGGGUUGUUGAUCGUCUUCAUAAAGAUCACAAUCAUGAACUUGAUUCUCCGACAGAUGCUAGUAGAAGAAUAUCAGGCACUCCAAAGGUUUUUAGGGAGGAAGUAAUGAGUGAGAUAGAAAACUUGGAUUUAAUUGAAACAAAUGGAGGUUUCAGCCUUGUUAAAAAAGGACGGGGAAGUAAUAUUGGAAGUGACUGGUACAAUGUGCUUUUAGAUUAUUUUCAGGCUCAGCAGGCAGAAGACACAGGAUUCUUCUCUGCUGUGGAAGCAGAUGAUGGCAAAAUCAUGAAUGUGUUCUGGGCUGAUGGCCAAUCUCGAUUUUCUUGCUCUCAAUUUGGGGAUGCGAUUGUGUUUGAUACAACAUAUAGGAGAUGCAGCUAUACUGUGCCGUUUGCCUCUUUUUUCGGGGUCAAUCAUCACAGACAACCGGUGCUUCUAGGAUGUGCCUUAAUUGCUGAUGAAUCAGAGGAGUCUUUCACUUGGGUUUUUCAAUCAUGGCUAAAAGCUAUGUCGGGACAGUAUCCUCUGUCGAUUACAGCUGAUCAAGACAAAGCUAUCCAACAUUCAAUUGCACAAGUUUUUCCUGGAACUCAUCAUCGCUUUUCGACAUGGCAAAUGUUGGCAAAGCAACACGAGAACUUAGGUGCACUACUUUCCAUUGAUCCAGAGUUCAAAUAUGAAUAUGAGACGUGCAUUUCAUUGAGUCGGACACCGAAUGAAUUUGAUUCAAAAUGGAACAUGCUUGUCACUAAGUACAAUUUGAAGGAAAAUGGUUGGUUGAAGGAAAUGUACAGAAUGCGCAAAAGUUGGGUACCUUUAUAUCUAAAGGGUACUUUUUUCGCAAACAUUCCUGUGGAUGGAAGCAUGAAGAAUUAUUUUGGUACACUUUUGACUGCCCAAACACCCCUAAAUGAGUUUAUUAUACGAUAUGAGAAAGGUCUUGAGCAACGGCGGGAGGAAGAGAAAAAGGAAGACUUUAAUUCCUUUAACAUACCUGCAGUUCUUCACACGAAGGACCCGAUUGAGGAACAAUGCCGGAGACUUUACACGCUCGCAAUGUUUAAAGUUUUCCAGAAAGAGCUUUUGGAGUGUUAUGGAUAUGUUGGAAUGAAGGUAAACGUGGAAGGUGCUAUUAGUAGAUUUAUGGUGCAAAAAUGUGGCAAUGGAGAUGAGAAGAAAACUGUUGCCUUUAAUGCUUCUAAUCUUAAUAUUAGCUGCAGUUGUAAGAUGUUUGAAUCUGAAGGCGUGCUCUGUCGGCAUGCACUGAAGGUAUUUCAAAUAAUGAACGUGAAAGAACUUCCCUCGCGUUACGUUUUACAUCGUUGGACCAAAAAUGCCAAGUACGGCAUUCUGCGGGAUGUUGAUUCUGGGGGUGGCUCGCAAGAUUUCAAGGCCUUGAUGCAGUGGAGUCUAAGAAAAGAAGCUUGUGACUACAUUGAUGCAGGGGCAGUAUCCCUCGAAAGGUACAAACUAGCAUUUGAGAUCAUGCAGGAGGGUAGAAGAAAUCUCUGUUGGCAAAGCUAGUUGAGAACUUUGGCAACAAAACAUACUGUACGUGGGAACAUGGCCUGUAUCUCAGCUUGUAACUUGGAUGUAGAAACACAGAUGCCUUGAUGUCACUUUGAGGGGAGUCCUGAUGCCAUCUACAUAUGAGCCAAGACGGAACUCAGUGUUUUCCUAUAUUCGUUGUUAUUGCUGUUUCUGUACUUGUCGCAAGUAUAUUGGCAUCUCUUUUUUCUUUUUUUAGUUGCUGUUGAAUCCUGAAUUUAAUGGUCAGUAGCAUGAGACAUGGGGAACUAAAUGACUUGGAGCAAGUUCAAGCCAGUUUCUUGUCUUGCAGCAAUGACCUUUUCAGUAAGGGUUAUGAAGGAUCUCUAUGGCUUUUCGGUUUUUA